AUGAUCAGAAGCAACAACAAUGCGACAAUACUAGACUUGUAUCCUCAUGAUAUAUUGCUAAUCAUCAUAUCAUGGACAGGUGCUGAAAACCUUACACCACUUCUUUCAGAUCGGUCAUUCUUGAAUCAAAACAGAAACCUAAAGCAAGCCAUCAAUAGAAUCAUAUCAAACAAAGCGAAAUUUGAGUAUGACAACCGAGUCAUAAAACCAGACAAAGUGGAUGAUUGGGACAACUCAAAUGAGACUCACGAGACGGACUUCAUGAGCCUGGAGCAGUUUCGGGUAUUUGAUUGCUAUUGUGUGGAUGAGUGUAUCAAUGUGGAAAUGAUUUUCAAUUCAAAAAUUGAGCAUGCAAGUGAUCUAAUUGAGCUUCGAGACAUGCUCCCCACGCUAAAGUCAAGCACUAUUGUCACACUCCAUUUGUGUUUGGACUUUAAAAGCUCUCGCCUUGUAUUUGUUGAUAUCACGGAGUUGCUUGGGUUCGCAACUCAUUUGAGAGAUAGAUUGGUUGGCUUUUCCGUAAUUGCAGAUUCAUAUAAACCGAUGAUCAAGGGUAAGGUGGAGUUGAGCUUUUUCAGUAAUGCGGAAACUUUAACUUUAGAGGGUUGUGACUUUAAAGGGUCAUUUUUGAGCUGUCAGAAACUAAGAAAACUUCGCUUUCUAGCCAAGAAUGCGGGGGAGAACUACAUUGUUACGUUGCCAUCAACUUUGAAAAGCUUAGAGUGUGUUGAUGACAAGUAUACUCCAUUCGGAUUACCUUCUAUAUUGUAUAGUCCAUAUUUCCCGUCAUUAGUUGAGUUGUCUGUAUGGGUUUAUGAUGACUUUCCUGAAAAGAUGCAGAAUGCCGUUCAGCAUUUGAUCAGCGCAGAUACAAAAAAGGUGAGAUAUGUAGGUGAUUUUGGACUGAGCUUUGUUGAUCUGCUUAACAAAGCUGCAAAGGAGAAGCAACCAAAAUUGGAAGCAUUGGAUAUAGACGAUGGUUAUUUGUUACAGUUGGAAAUAUAUCCUUCAGAUCUGCUUCGGAUUUAUGACUAUGACAAUGAAUUGUUGCAAGAAUCUUUUCAAAUUGCUCCCACGUUAAAGAAGUUACUAAUGACGGGAGGGGAACGUAUAGAUUUUUGUGGGCUUUUGAUGCGUACUCCUCUUGGCCUAGAGUGUUUGGAUUUGAGUUUCAGUGAUGGUUUUUGGUCAGAAGAGAUUGUCGAUUUCGCUAGGCUUGAACGUUUAAAGUGUCUCAAAUUGAGAAAUACUGGAUUGACGGGCAUCAGCAACUUCAGUUUCCCCUACUCACUUGAAGUGUUGGAUUUGUCUGGCAAUAGAAUUAAAUCGGUUGGAGGUUUCCCAUUUCCGAGAUCCUUGGUCAGUAUUGAUUUGAGCUUCAACCAGAUAGAUGAAAUAAAUGGGAUGCAAUUACCCCCAACUUUAAAGAAGCUCAACAUCCUGAGAAACCCCAUUGAUUGUCUUGAUUUCGAUAAGAUCAUGCACCACAACAUACACAAUAUUGAUACGCUAUACGUAGGAGGUCAACAAGAAAUGGAUUGGAAUUGUCGUACUUUACCAAAUAGUAUACAACAUUUGAACUUGCACCAUUGUUAUUCUUUUGACAGUAUCAAUCUUGGACCUAACUUGGCUAGCGUUCAUUUGGAGUUUUGUGACUUUCCGGGUGUUUGCUACAAGUCAUGCACAAAUCUAAAAUAUUUAUGUAUUACCCAAUCCUUGAUCGAUAUCCACCAAAUGGAUAUGCCGCAGUCGCUCGAGGAAAUCGAGCUACAGUUGAUGGAUUUGGGGACGAUUCCAACGCAGUUUGGUCAGUUGAGAAACCUACGACAUUUGCUGAUCAUAGAUUGUCAUAUUAUAUGUGGUUUCGUUAGAUUCGAUACCUGCUCACUUGAGACUUUGGAUUUCUCCUCAAAUCGCAUGGCGGAAGUACGAUUGACAUUCCCAGAUGGCCUAACUAAUUUAAAGCUGAUAAACUUGCACCAUAAUAGUUUAAAAUGGAUUUCAAUGGGCCUUCUAGGUCACAAUGAAAAGACUUUUCACAACGGCUUGUACGAGUUGGAUGUUUCCGAUAACUACCUAAAAGCGGAUUGUAUUAACGACUUGUUAUCGAGUCUACCAAACAAUACAAGAUGUUUGUGGCUGACGAAGGAUUCUUCUCAUGCUGAGAAUGUAUUGUAUACUCCUCCUGACGAUCUCGGAGAAAAAUAA